GAGACACUUCAAAGAGCCCAACAUAUAUUCAACCAACGGUUAUCACUACCAUCCAAUUAAGUCCCCAAUUUCAAAUCCAUUCUCCUCUCUCUCUGUCUCUGUCUCUCUCUCUCUCUCUCUCUCUCUCUCUCUCUGCCUUUACCAACAACAACUAGUGCUCGGUUCUCCUCUCCUCGCCGGCGUCGAUCCUCGAUCAGUUUAGUCAGUCGAUCAUCAUGAGAACCGGCACGGCUAACUUCAUCGACAUCCUGCUGGCCAUCCUCUUGCCUCCUCUCGGCGUCUUCCUCAAGUUUGGCUGUCAGCAGGUGGAGUUCUGGAUCUGUUUGGUGCUGACUCUCUUCGGCUACAUCCCGGGGAUCAUCUAUGCCAUCUACGCCAUCACCAAAUGACGAGGAUCCUCUUCCCGUCAAUCCCCCUCUCCGGCCGCUCAUCAGUUAUCUGGACAGGUGGCGUCCGGCUGAUGCAUGGAGGGUGCUGAAGAUAGGAGUCGUGAAUAAUAAUAAUAAUAAUAAUAAUAAUUAAUAAUUAAUAUAGUUGUGGUUGUCAUGAUAUUAUUCAUGUAAUAUCUGUGACCGUCCGUCAGAUGUCAGUCAGUUCUUCUCUGUAUGUGGCGUGGAUUUCUUCUAAUUUCUAGCGUUUGUACACAAGGCAGGGGUUUGUUGGUUCCACAUUUGUUUUGCUUUAUUGAUCCUUGUAAUUUAAUUAUGAUGACGAUUUGUUAGAUUUUGUUCCACACUUGAAGGGUUUUCAUGUUUCGAUUUCGUGGAUUUUUACUAUUCGAGUUAUUGAACCCUUUUCAACAAUUCGAGUUAUUG